GACGCGCCUCGCUUCCUCUCCCUCAUCUCGCUGGUUAGCCCUUAAGGGCCCGCCUACUGGCCCAUAAGGCUCUGGGUCGGAAGUCUCACUUUCUCUUCCUGUCUCCAGUCAUGGCGCAGGAUCAAGGUGAGAAGGAGAACCCCAUGCGGGAACUUCGCAUCCGCAAACUCUGCCUCAACAUCUGCGUGGGGGAGAGUGGAGACAGGCUGACCCGGGCAGCCAAGGUGCUGGAGCAGCUCACAGGCCAGACCCCCGUUUUCUCCAAAGCUAGAUACACCGUCAGAUCCUUUGGCAUCAGGAGAAAUGAAAAGAUUGCCGUCCACUGCACAGUCCGUGGGGCCAAGGCAGAAGAAAUUCUGGAGAAAGGUCUAAAGGUGCGAGAGUAUGAGUUAAGAAAAAAUAACUUCUCAGAUACUGGAAACUUUGGCUUUGGGAUCCAAGAACACAUCGAUCUGGGGAUCAAAUAUGACCCAAGCAUUGGUAUCUACGGCCUGGACUUCUAUGUGGUGCUGGGUAGGCCGGGUUUCAGCAUCGCAGACAAGAAACGCAGGACAGGCUGCAUUGGGGCCAAACACAGAAUCAGCAAAGAGGAGGCCAUGCGCUGGUUCCAGCAGAAGUAUGAUGGGAUCAUCCUUCCUGGCAAAUAAAUUCCUUUCUAUCCAAAAGGCUAAUAAAAACUUUUCAGUCAAAUGUACAA